AUGGAUUUCAUGGGACCGUUUCCAUCCUCAUAUGGGAACACGUAUAUCCUUGUGGCGGUAGAUUAUGUGUCGAAAUGGAUAGAGGCCAAGGAUACCACCUCUUGUGAAUCCGGUGAGGUGGCAAAAUUUCUUAAGUCUAACAUUUUUAACAGGUAUGGUGUGCCUAUGGCUGUUAUUUCGGAUCAAGGAACACACUUCCAAAACCGAAUGAUAGAAGCUCUAAUGAAAAAAUAUGGAGUCCAUCACAGGCUGUCUACACCUUAUCAUCCUCAGUCAAAUGGGCAGGCGGAAAUAUCAAAUAGAGAGAUCAAGGCAAUACUAGAUAAGACGGUGAAUCCGUCAAGGAAAGACUGGAGUAUGGAACACGGGGCAUAUUGGGCGGUCAAGGAAAUUAACAUGAACCCUCAGGCGUGUGAAGAAGAGAGGAAACUAUUCAGGCCAUGGAGAACACAUCAAAUGCAGGAAACCCCACCGGAUCUGCCGAUUCCGAAGGAGGUUUGUUUCUACGAAGUCGGCAGGUUGGAGCUCCAAGUCAAGAUAGAGCAGGAUGUUGGUGAGUCGAAGGCAAGCAUGGAAGUGGAGGAGAUGAAAGCAGAAGUGAGUGCGAUGCACAAACAAUUGGGUGAAUUCAGAAAGGUGAUGGGUGUGAUGAGCAAUGAACUCGGUGACAUAAGGAAAGAAAUGGCCGGGAUACGAACAGAACUCGGGGGAGUUAGAGAAGAUAUGCAUGCCCUCAAGGGGCACGUCACAGUCAUGGUGGGGAAGUCAUCUACGAAAAAUGAUCGGAUGGCGGAGGCUGUCCAGUUAAUGAUGAUGAUGACCAAAUGGCUGAAGGAGAACUUCUCCGAGCCCCAGGCGAAACUGACUACUGGACCCAGCAAGGUGUCCACCCAGCCAGGGCCAGGAAGUUCAUCUCCACAGCAUCCCCCACCCGCGUCUAAACCUCUGCUAGCCCCGUCGGCUUCAAAGACCCUGACUGUAAAGAAGACAUUGACCAAGCAACCGAGUGAGGAAGUGAAGGAGAAGCCGGAUUCGCCGGCAAGAAAGAAAGCAAAAGUAACCCGCCCAUACGUUCCACCGCAGGUUGGCUCCCGAGGGAGCCAAACCCCGAAAUGCAGCCCUCUUGACCAAGAUUGUUGUUCCUGA